UACCUCCCACACACAGCUAUUGAUAAUCACUCUUCAUUUUUCUCUCUCUUCUCUCUUACUUUCACAUGAUAUACAAGUGAAUUCCAUCUUAUGGUCUGUUCAUGGCUUGAAAGAGAAAUAUCUGAAUUGGGUUUCAGAGUUGCUCAGACAAGCAAUCCAUGGCUUAAGCUUAGAUAGUGACAUAAUGGAGAGAUAUAUAGAUACAUAGAAUAUAUAUAAACCAUCAUCAUCAUGUUCAUCUCUUCACGAGAUUUUACUUUUAUAUCACCAAAAAAUGAAUGAUGCCUUUCUGCGUCUAUGUGUCACUACUGCCAUCUGUUCAUCAUCAUAUAGUUGUGUCCAAUGCUGGGAUUCUCUAUUUCUUGGCUGGCCUCUCUUGUUGUUUUCCUAUUAGUUUCUUUCUUCAAAUUAAGUUGAAGAUGUCAAACAAAUAGUGUGUUUUCUUCCUUCCCUUGGAGUUUUCUUCUCCUCCUCUCUUUACAGGCUCAAAUAUGUAUCCUUCUGUGGCUUUGUCCAAUUCUACUUCUUUGUCAGAGGAAGCUGCUAGUGUUUCUUCUGGCACUAAUAGACUUGUUCAUCAAGACUUUGGAGGAGUAGCCCUGAAUAAUAAUCCACUUCUCCUCUCAACAAUUUCUCCUCAAUAUCAACAACAACAACAACCACCACAACCACUCAAGAUCAAGAAGAAGAGAAGCCUACCAGGAAACCCUGACCCAGAUGCGGAAGUGAUUGCACUUUCUCCAAAGAGUUUAUUGGCUACAAACAGGUUUGUGUGUGAGAUCUGCAACAAAGGGUUUCAAAGAGAUCAAAACCUUCAGCUUCACAGAAGAGGCCAUAACCUACCAUGGAAGCUCAAGCAGAGAAACAGCAAGGAUAUAAGGAAAAGAGCCUAUGUUUGCCCUGAACCCUCAUGUGUCCACCACCACCCAUCAAGGGCUCUAGGAGAUCUUACAGGUAUCAAGAAACACUUCUGCAGAAAACAUGGUGAGAAGAAGUGGAAAUGUGAGAAGUGUUCAAAGAUCUAUGCUGUUCAAUCUGAUUGGAAAGCUCACACUAAAACUUGUGGAACUAGAGAGUACAGAUGUGACUGUGGAACCCUUUUCUCCAGGAAGGACAGCUUCAUCACCCACAGAGCAUUCUGUGAUGCAUUGGCAGAAGAAAGUGCAAGACUCUCUGCAAACCAACUUGUAUCCUCCACAAACCCAACUCCUCCUCCCCCUCCUCCUCCUCAUCAUCAUCAUCAUGAACCUCAGCAACCCAUCCUUCACAAUCUUCACUCACAAACCUACCCACCUCCUCUACUCUUCCCUUUCCCGUGGGACCCACCCCAAAACCCUAACCCUAGCACUACUCCACCUCACAUGAUCAAGCCUGAGACUCACCAUUUCCAAACCCCAGUACCCCUCUCUUCCUCUCAGUUAUUCUCAGGCAGCAGCGGCGCCACCGCCGUGCACCACUACCUGUCAGCCACCGCGCUGCUACAAAAGGCUGCCACUGUUGGUGCAACAAGUACCAGCAUUGGCCAACAACAGUCGGUUGGUCACAUGAUGACUCGGUUGGGGCGGGCGAGCCAGGUAGUUGACUCGGUGAAUUACAUGGGUUUCAACUCGGCGUGGCAGAAGAGUAGUGAUGGGCUUACAAGGGACUUUCUUGGACUGACUCGUGAUGGUAGCAACAGCGGAGGGACUGAUCAUGUUAACGUUAGCGCAAACGUGAGGGAGAUGCUAAAUUACGCGGGGAUGCAGUCGUAUGAGAGAGACCACUCUCUGCUGAAAUCCCACGGUUUUGGAUUCGCUGAUCAGCCUCCUGUCUCAGAAACGUGGGGUGACUGUUGAAAAUUCCUUAAAAGUUAUAAGGGUGAGUUAGUAAUUUCCGGCAUCCUACUCUUCACAACGACGAAAGUACCCCGAGAUGAGUAUUUAGUAUGGAAAAAUGAGGCCUCCAAUGGUGCCUGCCUUCUUCAAUGUUAUUGCUUUUGGAGUUUGUUUAUUAUUCAUUUUAUUUGGGUUUCAAUGUUUGGACUAAAAAGCUUGGUUUCUAUAGAGAUGUUCUUAAUUCUGGAUUUACUUAAAUUCUUGCUAUCCGAUGUUACUUUAGCA